AUGACGUCGAGCGCUCCUCUGGUAUCCACAGCACUACGUCCACUUCGAGUAUGCAACAUACCUUAUUAUGUUCCAUAUAAAGUUGGCAUUCAGUUACAAGAAUCUAUGAUUGAACGUAGAGCCAAUGCCCGAUCGAUCCUGCGACAAAACGGUAUCCCGCAUACAGCAUCAUCCCUGGGUGUGCCGCCUGGUUUCCAAAAAUAUCUUGACAUUGCCCAAACUGAUUUUCUAUUACUAUUACAGCAUACGCCUGUAUACACUCUUGGUCGACGCAACGACGACGCUGCUUUAUCAGCUGCCUUAACUUCCCCUAAUGUCGACAUCGUGAAAACGCGUCGUGGCGGAUUGCUGACUUAUCACGGCCCAGGUCAGCUUGUCGGCUAUCCUAUCCUUGACCUCGGGCUGAUGAAUUUAUCUACUCGAUGCUACAUAGCACGACUUCAAGACAUAUUACGGAAAAGUCUGUCUCAUGACGAAAUUCAGCUUCAGACAAUUAAUUCACCAGCUGAUGAUUCCAAAUACACUGGUGUCUGGUCAGAUCCCACCCAUAAGAUUGCUUCCAUUGGCGUGCAAGUGCAACAUCGAGUCACUUCACACGGUUUCGCGCUAAAUGUUCACACGAAUGCGCUAGAUGGUUUUCGAAAAAUUGUGGCAUGCGGACUUCCUGAUGUAUCUCUAACAUGCAUCGAUGAGCAACUUUCUUGGCAUGGUAAGAAAUCACAAAUUACAUUGAUUCAAGUCGCGAAUAUCAUUGCUAAUGAAUUCGGGAAAAAUCUCAAUCGAGAUGUUGACUUGAUUGAUGAUAUGAGCUUUGUCACGAGCACUAAAUUCGAUGGUACGCAAGUGCUGAAGCAAAUAGUGCUUGACGGGGAAUGUAUCCCCACGAAUUAG